GGGAGGCGUGGAUAGUGAGGGGUCCCGCACGCCUGGAGCAGAGAGGGUCUGUGUCAAGAGCGGCGGAGGAUGCAGGAGGCUGGAGAGACGGGUGUCUGGCACCAUGGGGCUCGUGUGCACUUCUGAGUCUCGUGUUCAUUGAAAACUAAGGCACCAGCACUGGAUCCAGGCUUGCUGAGUGAUAAAGGCUGGCACUGUCCUCCCCAGCAUGGCGGAGGUGGUGGCCGAGGUGGCUGAGGUUGCUGAGCUACCCGCACAGAUGUCUCCAGGGGCAGUGGAGAUGUCAACACCAAUGUUCAGGGAGAUGACGGAGAUGUCGGGGAUAUCAGCAGAGGUGACCGAGAUGACACCAGGGGAGGCCCUGGCCUCAUCCCUUUUCUUCCAACAUCACCAGUUUAUGUGCUCUGAGUGUGGCAGCCUCUACAACACGCUAGAGGAAGUCCUCUCACACCAGGAGCAGCACAUGCCCACCAUCGCUGAAGACGAGGCCUUGGCCACCCAGGAUCCUGGCCUGGAUCCAGAGCUCAUGGCAGGGACCGAGGAUGGGCCUUUCCAGUGUGGGGAAUGCAGCCAGCUCAUCCUGUCCCCCGGCGAGCUCCUGGCCCACCAGGACGCCCACCUCCGGGAGUCUGCAAGCCAGAUCCAGUACCAGUGUGGGGACUGCCAGGAGCUCUUCCCCUCACCUGAGCUGUGGGUGGCCCAUCGCAAGGCCCAGCACCUUUCUGCUGCAGCUGGCGAGCCGCCAGUGCCGCCCCUGCUGUCCCCGCCAACACCACCCCCUCCACCCCCAGCUCCACCCGAAGUUAAGAUGGAGCCCUACGAGUGUCCCGAGUGCUCUACACUCUGUGCCACUCCCGAGGAGUUCUUGGAGCAUCAGGGCACCCACUUUGACUCCCUAGAGAAGGAAGAGCGUAAUGGGCUAGAGGAGGAGGAAGAUGACGAGGAAGACGAUGAGGAAGACACUGAGGAGGAAGAGGAGGUGGUGGCAGAGGUCAGUGAUGAUGCUGUGGGAGGUGACAGGUCCCCAGCUGGCCAGGCCCAGGGCUGUGGGGAUUGUCCCCAACGCUGGGCCUCCGCUGAGGUGCGCCGGCGACAUCGGCGGGCCUCCCGCAGCCCAGCACCAGGGGCCCAGCCCUUCCACUGCGGCCAGUGCCAGCGCAGCUUCAGCUCGGCCAACCGGCUGCUGGCUCAUGGGCGGGCCCACGUCGGGGGUACGCACGAGUGUACCACCUGCUCCAAGGUCUUCAAGAAAGCCGCCUCCCUGGAGCAGCACCUGCGGCUGCACCGCGGCGAAGCACGCUACCUCUGUGUGGACUGCGGCCGCGGCUUCGGCACGGAGCUCACGCUGGUGGCACACCGGCGGGCCCACACCGCCAACCCCUUGCAUCGCUGCCGCUGUGGCAAGACGUUCAGCAACAUGACCAAGUUCCUCUACCACCGGCGCACGCAUUCAGGCAAGAGCGGGGCACCCCCAUCGGCGGCAGCCACGGCAGCAGCCUCCCCAGCACCCGCCGAGCCUGCACCGCCGCCCCCGCCACCCGCGCCGCCCGCCCAGCUGCCCUGCCCACAGUGCUCCAAGUCCUUCGCCUCGGCCUCCCGGCUCUCCCGGCACCGGCGCGCUGUGCAUGGGCCACCUGAGCGGCGGCACCGCUGCGGUGUCUGUGGCAAGGGCUUCAAGAAGCUGGUCCACGUGCGCAACCACCUGCGGACACACACGGGCGAGAGGCCCUUCCAGUGCCAUUCAUGCGGCAAGACCUUCGCCUCCCUGGCCAACCUAAGCCGCCACCAGCUGACCCACACGGGUGUGCGGCCCUACCAGUGCCUGGACUGCGGCAAGCGCUUCACGCAGAGCUCCAACCUGCAGCAGCACCGGCGGCUACACCUGCGGCCUGUGGCCUUCGCCCGCGCACCCCGCCUGCCCAUCACCGGCCUAUACAACAAGAGCCCCUACUACUGCGGCACCUGCGGCCGCUGGUUCCAUGCCCUGGCUGGCCUGCGGCUGCACCAGCGGGUCCAUGCCCGCGCCCGGCCUAGCCCCCCUCUGCCGCCACCGCCCGCCCCGCCGCCCACCCCGCCCCCACCCCCUGAGCCUCAGCAGACUAUCAUGUGCACCGAGCUCGGGGAGACCAUUGCCAUCAUCGAGACAUCCCAGCCGCUGGCGCUUGAGGACACACUGCAGCUGUGCCAGGCCGCACUGGGGGCCGGGGAGGCCAGCGGGCUCUUGCAGCUGGACACGGCCUUUGUGGGCCGCAGCUGAGGAGCCACAGGGGAAAAGCUGGGUUGCCGUGGCAUUUGUGGGCCUCUCUGGGGAGCACGGGGACACCCCCACCCUACAAGGGUGCCAGCAUCCACCCUGGCCUCUUAGCCACUGACUCCUCAUAAGAGCCCUGCCCAGGUGUGUCUUACCACUUUUCUCUGCCUAUGGGGAAACUGAAGUUCUGAGGCCUGAUGUGAUCCGGCUCAGGGCACCCCACCUGCAACCCAUCACGGGGCUCACCAGGGCUCUGUGCUCUGCCUCCCUCACCCAUUGCUGGUGCCCAGCAAUGUCAGGUUAACUUUCCUGAGCCCCAAGUACGUGCCACUUCGGUGUUGGGCACUGUCAUAUACCUCUUCAGGCUCUCACUUGUCCCCAAGCCCUCCCCUCGCCUCCCCUGGACCCUGGGCUCCCUGGUCUUGGCUCUGCCUGGUGGAGAAAGGUACUUGGCUUCUUUGGGCUUCCUUAAGCUCACUUUUGACAGUGUGGCAGGAAAUCUCUACGCACCCAGGUACUCUGCUACAGGCCAGGUGAUGCCAGAGCCCCAGCAAUGACUUGGAGCCAGGCUCUACCCCAGGUGGUGCACAGUGGGGUAGGAGGAACACCCAAGUACAGACGGCCUUGCUCUC